AAUCUCGUUUUAAAGAAGAAGAAGACAGAGCAGGAUGAAUACAGUGGUGUAGUUAGACAGUGAAGCUUAAUCAGUUACAGAAUGUAGCAGCUGAACUUCAAUCCUCGUAGGAAUGGUUGAGUGACUGGUGGACUUGAUUAUGAACACAGCGCAGUGCGGUUAAGAUGCCAUCAUGGGUCGCAGCAGUGGACGUGGGGCGAAGUGUGGAGUGCCUGCGGUGUUCAUAUGUCUGGCAGCGCUGCUCUGUGCCAAUGUGCUGCUCUAUAUUUACCUGGAAACUGUAUACCAGGACAGCGCUCCACCAUCAGCACAUACAAACUGCCACACAGGAUACUUUAAGGUGGGCACAAUGAGCAGCUGCACCCCCUGGCUGCAGUGUACCGAAAUCAGAGCUGAUGUUCGUCGCCUCAGAAUGAUUGGACAAGGAGCUGUAAAGAAGGUGUAUCUGUCAGAGUGGCAGGGGCAAAAAGUAGCAGUGUCUGUCCUGUCCUCAGAACACUAUAAAGAUGAUUUCCUUCAUGGAGUCUCCAUGCUGCGUUCCAUGCAGAGUGUCCGUGUGGUGACACUAGUAGGUGUGUGCGAAGAAGACGGGGUGUUUGUAACAGAGUACCACCCUCUGGGGUCUGCACUUACACUGGAAGCUACUCUUGCUCAGGAUCGGUACCUCCGGCUGAACUCCUGGCAGAUGCGGCUGCGACUGGCACUGGAUUUCGUUGCCUUCUUGGUCUUCUUGCACAACAGUCCAGGGGGCGCACGUGUCAUGUGCGACUCUAAUGAUCUACACAAAACACUCAGUCAAUUCCUGCUGACUUCUGACUUGCGGCUCUUAGCAAAUGACCUGGAUGCACUACCACGAGUGGAGCCUGGGGGUCAAGGGGUGAAGUGUGGUCACAAUCAGCUGACGGGAGAGUUUGUGGCUCCGGAGCAGCUUUGGCCUUAUGGCGAGGAUGUGCCUUUCUCAGAUGAUCGAAUGCCUGGCUACGAUGAAAAGUCAGACAUUUGGAAGAUUCCAGAUGUGACACGUUUCCUGUUGGGUCAUGUCUCAGGGAGUGACGUCAUCCACUUCCAUCUCUUCCAGAUCCAUGCACAGUGUAAGAAGCAGGAUCCAAGGCAACGGCCAUCAGCGCAUGAGGUCAUGAGCGUGUAUCGCUCGGUUUAUGACAGCAUGAAGGAGAGCCACACAGAAAUUGUCAGAGAUAUGUUAUAACAUGACUGUGUGUGUGAUAUUACACAUCUUAUUAUAUUUCACAUGUUGACUGAACUGAAAGAAGAGUGCUUGCUUCUUUAAUAAUGUCCAUGUUUUUAUUAGCAGAAUAGGCAAUAAUUUACUAGUGUUUUACUGGAGUUUUUUUGUCUGAGCAUUGAUAGUUGUUUAGGAAUAACAUGAUGCAUUUAAUAAAGUUAACAAGUUUUUGAUCA